UCCAUUUUUUAAAAGAAGGUAUGCUACUUAUUCCUACUUUACGUGAACUGUACACUAUUGUGUAAUUGUGCUGACUACUUGUUAAUUUCAUUCCUUUAUUAACAAUGUCGAUAAAAGAAGAGUUAGUAUAUAGUAUAUAAUUUAUUUUGCAGGGUUUUCUUUCCCCAUCAUCUGGAUUCCGGAGCAGAAGCACUCAUGCUAGCAGCCACAAAACAGUGUGAAAGAAAUUUCCAAGUUUGUAUGCAAAAGUUUUUUGGUCAAGCACUCCACAGCCGACUUUUUUCGCCGUUUAUUGUAUUGAAACCUGCAUAUCUGUUCAGGUGGGAAAAACUGUUCUAUACAACAAUUUGCAUGACCCCAAAGGCGUUAUGCAUAUUUUGGAACUGCUGCUUUUGUAUUGAGAUCCGGAAUGCCAUUGAGGAACCUUUAAGUGCCAAUAUUUCGGGUGGGAAAACCUGCAGGUUCUUCAUGACUUACCAUGGAAUGCAGUAUUUCUUACAAACAGCAGUACAUCAAGGUAUCGACCAGAAAAAGAGAGGCCAUGGUUAUAUGAAAUUCAGAUUGCGACCAUCAACUAAACCGAUCAACAAAAUUUGCAAUAACAAACAUGGUCAUAAGAUUACCUCUUUGUCAUGGAAGAGGCAUUUGCGCGACUUGAUAGAAUUGGUAACAACACGAUCGGGGAUCAAAUAGGUUCAAACGCACCGCAAUUUGAUUGCACAUUUCAGCCGCAUUGGUGAAAGUUCAUUGGCAGUGAUGAACAAAUCCGCCAUAGUUUCAGAAUCUUGAAUAUAAGUAUCGCACCUAGUUUCAGAAUCAUGGUAUAAAGCCAUAUUUAUAGCCUGUCAAUGGUAAUGAAUCGGGAACCAAAGAUCAUAAUAAAAUUCAUGGAAGCAAACGAAAAGCCGCCUAUUUUAAA